AUGGCGCCUCAUUGCCACCCGCCAAUAGCAGAAAAACACAAAGCGACAGCGAGCAACUUGAUGGCGACCACUUCAACACAGUCAAUUUCGACGCUGUCAGCAAUCGACAUCGACACUCAUCAUCAACUCUCGACACUUAUCAUCAUCAACACCGUGUCCAUCAACACACAAACCACAGCCUAUAAUGCACAUAAUGAACAAAGCUCGCGUGUCCUGUAUAUGCAAACAUUCCUUCGGUACAUAUCGCUCUCCUUUCUCCUGGCCUUUCCUUCUGCUUCGCCUUCAUUGCUUUACGUUGCCUCUGGGCUGCCUUCAUCGCAUUCGGGUUGCCUCUGGCAUUUUGUUCACUCUGGCGGCUUUAGAGCCGUCUCUGUUGACCUUCGGGUCGUCAAUGUCGACCCCAGGGCCGUCGUUGUCGGCCUCGCUUCAUUGCCCGUCAUGGAGACUAGACUCCAUGCGUGCCCCACUCAUCUAUUGCUGCUACCUUAUCAAGUAUUUAUAACGAUCUCCUACACCGAGGUUCGUGUCGUGCGCUUCAGCCGUGCGCUCCCCUCUUCCACCUUCUCUACGAGCUAG